AUGUCAUUGAAAGAAUUAUUUAUCGAGACUACCUUAUUCGCAAAAGCUAAUAAAUUGAUAAAUUUAAUAGAAAAUUUCAUACAAAAACGUAUUGGAGCUGAUGAUGCAACUCAAAUAUCUAUUAAAUUAUGUCAACAAAUUUUUGAAACUCUUGAUAACAGAGGAUUUAAUAAUAUGAUUACCAAUAGUAAUAAAACUAUAAUUCACAAAUUUAUUGAGUAUAAUCAAUCUACUUUAAAUUUAGAAAUUGGAAAAUAUCAUAUAAUUAAAGAUCCUAAAAAGAAAUAA